CGCCGACAUUUCCUCUGAACAACAUGCGUUGACAUCCAUCUCCACACAUCUCGGGUUGGAUCUCGCGUUUUCAGCUCUGUAGUUAUUUGGUCUAGCUUUCUAUUCGACAUAUCGAGAAUCAACAACGCUCACGAUGUCUCCCAAGCAGAACACUGGCGCCCAGGAAAUCACGGGCCAAGCAGCUCUGCCAGUAUCAAGGAUAAAAAAGAUCAUACAGCUGGACGACGAUAUUGUACAAUGCUCUCAAAACGCGACCUUUCUCAUCAGCGUUGCUACCGAAAUGUUCAUCCAAUACCUCGCCGAGCAAGGCCAUAACGUGAUCAAGUCGGAGAGGAAGCCACGGAAAAUCAUCCAAUACAAGGACUUGGCCACGGCGGUAUCGCGGAUCGAUAACCUCGAGUUCCUUUCGGACGUCAUCCCCAAGACGACGACCUACAAGCAGUUCAAGGAGGGCAAGACGAAGGAGGCCCCGCGCAGCGGGCCCUCCGCCGCCGCCGCCGUUGAAAAGGGCCAACGCACUCUGAACGGCGCCCUGGCGAUCGACGAUGAUCACACACAAUCACCGAACCGCAGACCCCCGACGGUCACUCAUGCUUCUGGUUCGUUGAGCACGCUCAUGGUCGAUCGCACGGUGGACUCGUCGACACAGGGCUUGGACCCGGACGUUGAAAUGGCUGACUAGAGAGGCCGUUCGGCUGCCACCACCACCAUCACCACUACUACCACCAUCACUCUCAUUAUAUCAAAUAUAUUAUUACGACUUGCACUUGCGGAGUUUAGGGCUGGGUAUACAUAUGGGUUUCGUUUCUUUUCCCCAAGGGCUUGGACUUGUUGCACGGGGGGAUCG